AUGAACCGUAUUGCGCAUCUUUCGAUAAUUGGUGUCCGGAGGGCAGGCGCGGUGAGGCGGCUGGCGACGCAUGCCGAAAGCCCUGCGGCUGUGGCUGCCAAAGAUGGAAAGACGGUGUUGGAGAGAGCGCUCAACGCGCCGCCGAGGAAUACCUGGACGAAGGAUGAGAUUUCCAGUAUUUACAAUACUCCCUUGAUGGAGUUGGCGUACGCCGCUGUGACUCUCCCCUGCUCUCCGCAUAUCCACGCUUCCGGCUAACGUACCACCGGCCAGGCAACGUUGCAUAGAAAACACCACCCCCACAACACCGUCCAAACCUGCACCCUCCUGUCCAUAAAAACUGGCGGCUGCACGGAAGACUGCAGUUACUGCGCCCAAUCCUCUCGCUACUCUACCGGGCUAACGGCGACGAAGCUCUCCACCCUCGAAACCGUCAUGGCGGCCGCUCGCGAAGCCAAGGCGAACGGGAGCACACGUUUCUGCAUGGGCGCAGCAUGGCGCGACAUGUCCGGUCGCACGCGUGGCCUGGGGCGCAUAAAAGACAUGGUCCGCGAGGUUCGCGGGCUCGGGAUGGAAGUGUGUGUGACGCUGGGAAUGUUGGAUUCGAAGGCGGCGGAGGAAUUAAAGGGCGCUGGAUUAACGGCAUAUAAUCACAACCUGGAUACCAGCCGGGAAUUCUAUCCGAAGGUUAUCACUACCAGGGGGUUCGAUGAGCGGCUGCGGACCAUUGAGAACGUGCGGAAUGCCGGUAUUUCGGUGUGUACCGGGGGAAUACUCGGUCUUGGAGAGACGGCGGAGGAUCACGUUUCUUUCUUGCAUACCCUGUCUACACUGCCUGAGCAUCCUGAGUCUGUUCCUAUCAAUGCGCUAGUUCCAAUAAAGGGGACACCAUUGGGAGAGAAUAAGAAGGUCCCUUUCGAUAGUUUUCUUAGGGUUGUGGCGACAGCGAGGAUCCUGAUGCCUGGGAGUAUUGUGCGCUUGGCUGCUGGGAGGAUUAAUCUGACCGAGGAGCAGCAGGUGCUUGCCUUCUUUGCCGGGGCGAAUGCGGUGUUCACGGGCGAGAGAAUGUUGACUACUGAGUGCUCUGGGUUCGAGGCUGAUAGGAGGUUGUUUGAGAAGUGGGGGUUGGUUAAUAUGAAGGCCUUUGGGGGGGAGGUGGUGGAGAAGGAGAAGGAGGGGAAGGAGGAGAAGGAAGAAGAGAGGGAGGAGGGGGGGGUCGUGGGGGAGAUCGCGCAGGGGGUU